AUGUCCUCAACAAGUUCGAUUUGUUCGAGCACUGACCCUGACAUUUCAGUGGAAAAUCGGAUGCCGGCUAAUUUGAGAAAAGAUGUCGAGAGGUUUUCCGUUUUCCUUUCUCGACUCCGAACAGCCAUCGAUUUCAAUCAACCGAACAAUGAAGGCGACAGUCAAUAUUUGUGUGUGCAUUCGGCUCUCGAAAUGGUUUCCGAAUCAAUUCGUGAUCUUUUCAAGCAUUCACAAUUCAAAACGAAUCAAAUUAUUGUGCCAUCACUGCAACUUGUGCAAGGAAUUAAAGAUCUAAAAUUCGAUCACCCCAACGUGAGCAUUGAUUGUGUUCGAAUUUUGUCAAUCGUCGACCAACUCGAGACUGCCGUUUUGUCUACUUUAUUG